AUGGAUGAGCUAGUCGACUGGGCAAAGUCCCACGGAGCCGCCCUCCACCCGUCAGUCGAGGUCUACAAUGACCCCAACACCGGCAACUCCUUCCGCGUCUCCCCCGACGGCGCCGGCGUCAACCCGGGCGACACCGUCGUCACCUGUCCCCUGGCCCUGACCCUCUCCUACCUCAACGCCACCACCACACCCAACCCAGGCUUCCAUCACGACUCCUCCUCCUCAUUCCCUCCCUCGUUCCUCGAAUCCGUCCCACCGCACGUCAUCAGCCGCUUCUUCCUGAUCAAGCAAUACCUUCAAGGCCCAUCCUCCUUCUGGCACCCCUACAUCAGAACCCUCCCCCAGCCAGCAAACCUCGCCGCCUGGGCCCUCCCGCCCCUCUGGCCCGCAGACGACGUCGAGCUCCUCGAGGACACAAACGCCCACAUCGCCAUCGCCGAGAUCAAAUCCCGCCUCAAGGCCGAGCACAAACACGCCCUCGCCGCGUUCGGCGACGACCCGUCCAGGCACGACUACACGCGCCUCCUCUACCACUGGGCCUACUGCAUCUUCACCAGUCGGAGCUUCCGCCCGUCCCUCGUCAUCCCCGCCCAUAGGCAGCACACCCUCUCGCUGCCGGAGGGUUGCGCCGUGGAUGACUUUUCCCUGCUGAUGCCCCUGUUUGACGUGGGGAACCAUAGCCCGACUGCCCGGAUCGCGUGGGAGACGUCCGAUGAUGCUGUGAGGGACGAGGAGGCUACGGUCGGCCUGCGCACGCUGGAUACGUACGCCCCCGGCGCGCAAGUCUUUAACAACUACGGCACCACCAAGACCAACGCCGAACUCAUGCUGGCGUAUGGCUUCACCAUCCCCGAAUCGGAGGUCCUGCACAACGACUACGUCCACGUCCAGAAGCGCGGCGGUGGUGGCGCCAAGGCUGCGGCGGAGAAAGGCGACGACGGCGCCGGGGUAGCAGCAUCCGGGAACAACAAGCCCAAGGAUUAUUUGAUUUCUCUCAGGCCCGUGUCUGAUCCGAGCUCAGUGGCCGCGCGAUCUGGAUGUCUGCUGAGCGAUGUCGAUAGGGAUGCCAUCUUGCCUCCGUUUCGGCAUGUGCAGGAUAUCAUGGUGUGGGAGCUCGUUCUUGCGCAGACGACGGCUGAGCAGCGGAGCGAGAUGAUUCCGGUGCCGGAGGGUAGUGGUGGUGACGAUGAUGAAAGCAAGGCAAAUUUGGAGAGGCUGAGGAUGAUCUUGACUGGACGGGUCCCCGCGACCACGCAACCUUUACUGUUCCAGACUAUUGGCAUCAUCCAGCACAAGGUGCUGCAGGAGCUUGAACGGCUGGACCAGUCCGAGUUCGAGAUGGAAGAGGACGAGGCGACGAGGAAUCAGAUCAUGGCGUAUCGCUAUAGGAGACAAUGCAGGAAGGUUUUGGAGAAUGUACUCGAGUCUAUGGAGAUGCCCGACGAGGCUGCCUCAUAA